AUGGUUUUUGCAGUUUCUACUUUGUCAUUACUACCCGUGGAACCUGAAAAUGUACUGAGAAGUUCCGCAUUAGUCGACAUUCUCGCUGUGCUAGAAGGGUACACAACAUCCUUUUGCGAAAAAGUGUCACCGUCUGCGGAUGUUAUUGCUAGCGUGCCUUCUUUCGUUAUUACUGUUGUUGUCGCAGAUGCUGUUGAAGAUGCUGGAAGGGAAGAUGCAGUGCCUGAUGUGUCAUCUGUUCCUGUAGCUGUCGGUUCAAAAGUUACUGAUGGUGUUGUUGCUAUUGCCGGCAUCAAAGAAAUUGCUGAAAGAGAAGGUGCAGAACUCAAUGUGUCAUCUGUUCCUGUAGCUCUUGAUCCAAGUGUUACUGUUUUUGGAGCUGUUGUUGUUAGCGUCGUCAUAAAAGGUGAUGAUAAAGAAGUCAUUGUUGCUGUUGUGGCAGUUGGUGUUGCUUUUGUUGCCAAUGUUGUCGAAGUUGCGAUCGUUGAAGUGGCUGUUGUUAUCGCAGUUACGAUUGGUGGGGUUGAAAUUGCGCUUGUCGCCUCUGCUGUUGCAUGA